UCCAGGCUUUGUUUCUUCGCAGUAGAAGUCUCAGAUUUGAAUCAAAUUUUCUCAUAGACAGAGAUCAACACUUCUUCAUCAAUGGAGCUCAAAAAAUCAUCAAUUUUAUUAGUAGUUUCAGUUUUACUAAUCUCAUCAUGUAUACCAGUUUCAUAUUCAGCUAAGAAACCAGUUUUAACAGCAAGAAAAGAAGACAUUCCAUUUAUAAAAUGUCAAGUUUGUGAAAAACUUGCUGCACAAUUACAUCAACAAGUUAAUAAGAAACAAACCCAGAUCUCUCCUAAGAAGGUAACAGAGUUUGAUAUUAUUGAAAUAGCUGAGAAUGUUUGUAAUUUGAAAAAGGAAGAAGGUGAUUGGAUCUUGAAAAUUGAUAUUGUUGAAAAUGGGAAGAAAUUAGAGCUAGUUGAACAAGAUACUGAAGGAGAAUGCAAUUCGGAGUGCAAGACAAUCGAGCGGGCUUGUCAAGAGAUUUUGGGCUUAUCUGAUACUGAUGUUGCCGAAUAUAUGUUCAAAGCUAAGCCUAAGAUUGAUGUACUCGUAAAUUAUCUAUGUAAAGAUCUCACUAAAGCAUGUUUAGUCAAGCCACCUGCCGUCCCCAAGAAUCGUUCUCCAGGAGAACCUUUUAUGCCAAAGUCGGAUAAGCAGGCUGAAAUGGAGAGGAUGAUGAGAUCAAUGCAGGGUAUGCCUGGAGCACCAGGAAUGAAGAUGUACUCCAAGGAUGACCUGUUAAAAAAGAAUUUCGGGGCCGAAGAAGGUGAUGAAGAUGAUGACGACGAUGAUGAUGAAGAUCGACAAGAUUUCUCUUCCAAUUUGGGUAAAGUGCUGAGAGAAAAAGAAAGUGCAAAAGAAGAUUGGAUGAAGAAGAUUACGAAGAAAAUUUCAAAGACUGGUGCAGCAUUAAAGAUCCACGCCAACAAGGCAACACGCAGAAUACAACAAUGGUGGAGAAAAAGGAAAGCCGCAAGUUCAAAAAAAGGAACUAAUUCAGAACUUUAAGACACUACACAAGCUGUUCAUUUUUCUGAAGAGCAUAUAGCCUGUUUCAUUUACAGCGUUACAUAAACUUUUUUCGGUUAGUUUGAGCAGAAAAUAGAAUCAGAUUAGUAAAGUAUCAUCCUUUAAAUUGGAUAACUGUAGUCUGUAUUGGUAAUCUUUUUGUUCAAGCUCUAGUUAUAGCCUCCAACAUUACCAUAAAAUUACAGGGUGAUAUCUGAACUAGUAUAGCUGCAGAAUUACAGGGUUUUGAGAAAUUAAUAUAUUGAAGUUACAUUCAAAAACAACAGUUCUGAACAA